UAUGCAUCGUGCAUUAUUCUCGAGAGUUAUCCCAGCUUUGGGCUUUUGUGCGUGCUUCCCCACAGGCUAGCUUCUCGCGCUUCCGUCUCUCCAGCUGGAGCUUAACCAAGAAAGGAAGUCCCAGCGAGUCCAGUAGAGCACGCCCAGAGGCGAACCACCUGCUCCGCAGCGCUAACCAGCUCACGCUUGCAUCAACCGAGCUAACUAGUGUCUGCAUCAAGCACUAUAAAUAUGUAUAGUUCUUUUAUUUUUAUUUUAUUGCUGCGUGGAAGAAAUACACGCUCGAGUUUCGCGUUAAGCUUCGAGCGUAUUAUCAAGAGCUCUCCUCAACCUCGCGACGGAACAAAGGUUUAAUGAAGAAAGCUUAUCGGAGAACAAUGACCCCAGGAACCCGGGCACACGCAGAUGCAGAUGCAACUCUGCUUGCUCAUAUCAGGCUUCGAGCGGCUCCCGUUUGCACAAACCUGCCGGCAAAGAAGCAAAUAAAAGAUUCAAAUCUCAAUGUGCGUGUUGUCGGAUUGUUCCUGAAAUGGAAACCAGAAAAUAGGAAUAUAAAAUAUAUAAAAUACAUCGCGAUUUCAGCGCGCACUAUCCGCUGAGCCACAGUGGGCAACACGCUGUCAGGGGGAGCGGGCAAGGCGUCUGCUCACGCCCCUGCGGCAACGCUGCCCCACGCCGACCAGCACCCCCCAUACUCACUGCCACAGCGCUCUGCGUCCGCUGGAAGGUCGCUGGCGGAGGAGCCUCUGAGCCUCUGGCGUCGGCCGCCGUCUCGCCAUUCGCCCAGCCCCCCAAGCCACCACCCACACGCAGACAGACACACACACACAUCCCCCCCUGGCCGCUUUAGCGUUGUCCACCUCUGCGGUUGCAUUUUCUUUUAUUUUCUGCCUUUUUCUUAUUUUUUAUUUUUUAUUUAUUUUUUUCGCGCUGCUGGGCCCGCCCCCUCCCACUCCCCCAGAAGGUAACAGCAGCCAGUCAGAGCCUCGAAAAGGCAAAAAUCCAAGGCAAAGCAAAAGGCUUGCCUCUCGUUUUAUGGAGACUUUGACAGAGCUCCAUUUUCGAGCUGGGGGGGCCUCCCAGAGUGGCUUCCUGGCACAGCGAGUGGGAAGCAAGGCUCUGCUCUGUUCACUCCCAAAGCAGGGGCGGCACUGUACAGCCAAUGACGGUACCUUGCUCGUACCUCGCCCAAGUUUGGAGCUGCGGAGAGAGCCUGUUCUGUUAAAACUACCUCGCCGCCUGUCGUCUUCCUCAUUCUCUCCAUUCAUCCUCGUCUCUAUUCCUUCUCCUCCUCUUCCUCCUCUCCUCCUUCUUUCCUCUUUUUUAUCUCCUUCUCUUAAUUGCCACUCCUUCUCCUCCUCUUCCUCCUCCUCCCAUUUCCCUUUCGUCCUCGCAUAGCCCAUUAACGGUAGCAGGUCGUAGGUUCUGGCCCAGUUUCCCCUAGAGGAGAAUUUCCAAAGACCUCCUUCGCCCCUCACCAAUCCUCCCUUUUUAGCUUCCAACCACGUCCACACUUGGAGCCGUUGGUUGCUUGUCAAAAAGGUGCAGAGUCGGCACAUUUAUUGAGAACUAGAUAAAAGGACUCUCCUUUUAGAAACAAAGUCUUAAAGAAGCACCGGAAGAAGAGCCUUGACUGGUCACUUUUUUCGUCUUUCCUAACCUUUGUCCACUUGUCGGUACCUUCAGCGUGCGAUUUUCGUCAAUUUCCGCCCUCUCGUCGGCCAAAUUCCUGUCCCUCUCGACACAGGAAUUCGAUCCACCUCGAAAUCGUCCCCCUUUGAAUCAAUCGACCAAGCUUCACCCACACCACCAACAACCCUUCCCGAAACUAGUGCCAACACUUCCCCGUUCGGCUCUACUCCCUCGAUCUCUGUCUUGGGUGUCUCUGCUAGUCUGCCAGUUCGCCGGUUCGAUUCAGGUACAGACUCUUCAGGACUCCAUCCUCGUUGCCCUCGUUGCUAGUACUCGCCAGCCCUGUCCCUUCUCUGCUGCCCUCAAAGCGCCUUGAAGUGAUUGGUUGCAUCUUGUUUAGUCACAGGCUCAUCAACAAACCAUCGCCUUGAGUCUUCUAGAUAGCUCUACGCUUCUUGAAGAUACAACCACUCGUGUCCAACAGUUGUGUCGAUCGUCUCAGUCUCGGUUCCUGACCAGACGACCAGCACUGUGGAGGUUAAGCUCAGCUCUAUCCUCCCUCUAUAACGAAAGUUGGUUACGCUGCGUGCCCCAGUCGGUCGUAGCAUUCUCAAGCCCUCUCCACUGUCGCGGUCGGCUUCAAUCCUCAGCUUCAGGUUCAACCUGUGGGAGACGUUAGCUCGUUGGUCCCACCAAUCAGACCAGUUGUCUCAUACGAAGCUGUCUCACUGCUUCUACGCCCUAACUGGCAGCCCUCUCCUUUAAACCGGCCCCUGUCCGACCCCUUCGUUACCUCGACAAUCUAUCGAGUUCCUACAUGGUUUUGCCAUCGUUUCCAGCCACAGUCACUCUUUUCCCAGCUGUUCCUCACGCUCUUUAAUCACUUAAUAUCCUAAUUCCUCGUGGCCCGUGGAUACCCUCUCUUUUAUCACACCCGGCCCGGCAUUCUUUCUUUUAUUUCCUUCCUUUCUUCGUUUCUCUUAUCCGUCUCCGACCCGAAGAUUCCUGAGGAUCCUGACAGUCUUUCCUUUGACUACUCAGUUCUUUACUAGGUUGACACGACAACAGUCACAGUCGACUAUCACUUGCUCUUCCAACUCAACCUUGGAAGGCAAUUUUUUCACAUAUCAGCAACCAUGGCCUACUCUCAACCUACCGAUGACACCUUCUUCAUCGAAUCCGACGAGCCCAUGCAGUCGAGGAUGAGCGCCCAAUCCGCUGCCAAGAUGAUUGCUCGCAAGAGACAAGACAUCAUCGGAUCUGAGCUUUCUCGGCUAGCUGGCGAGGAGUACCUCGAAGACAUCAUGGAUCACAUGAAGCAAAUGGAGAUGGAGACCCUGCCUGAUGCCAGCCUCAUCGACAUGCAACGUGAGAUCCAGUGGUUUAUGAGACCCUACCUCAUUGACUUUAUCAUUGAGGCUCAUGCCGCCUUUGCCCUGCUCCCCGAGACACUCUUCCUCACAAUCAACCUUUUGGACAGAUACUGCUCAAGACGUGUAGUUUACAAGCAACACUACCAACUAGUCGGAUGCGCUGCCCUCCUUAUUGCUGCCAAGUAUGGUGACAAGAAGGACCGAGUCCCCCAGAUCCACGAACUUAACAACAUGUGCUGCAACCUCUACGAUGCCGGCAUGUUCACCCAGAUGGAAAUGCACGUCCUCAAUACCCUCGAGUGGACAAUUGGUCACCCCACCGUCGACUUCUUCACCCAGCUCAUGGUCGCUGACGAGCACGACGAGGCCGACGUUGAACACAUGGCCGCAUACCUCUGCGAGAUUGCUCUCUACCACCGCGAUUUUGUCUCGACAAAGCCCUCGAUGAUGGCCCGUGCUUCGCUUGCUCUGGCUAGAGCCAUUCUUGGCCGACCUGAGGUCACUGACUCUGAGUGGGAUCACAACGAGAACCUGACCCUGCUCACCCUCUCGCAGCACCUUCAGCAGCCCUCGCUAACACUUGCUCGCAAGUACUCCACACCCAACUUCUCUCGCGUCUCACAAAGGCUGGAAGCUUUCAUGGAGGAGCAAGCCGCCAUGGCCCGCCGUGCAGCCCAGCCCCCAACCCCUGCCGUCGAGAUUGCUUCGAAACCCGCCGACAUCUACAGCACACCUGUCAAGGGCCAUGGUGCCGCUGUCGGCUUCGAGGGCUACUUGACUCCUCCCAUCACUCCCGAUGGACCUCACUUCCAAGCACAAAAGGAUGCUUAUCCCGCACCGCGCUGCCCAGUUACUCCCGUACACCAGAGCCACCCUAAUGUCUAUCCUUCGCAUCAACAGCAGAACAUGGGCUACAUGGGUAUGCACCCGUGAACGGGUUGGGCGUUGCAUCUUGCGGCUUUUUUCUUCUUCACAUCCGACUUCUCACUCGCACAGCCAGUUAUUUCUUUGGCUGAGGAGCGGUGUUAAUUCAUUACACACCUCCAUACUCGCACAUAAUACUGGAGCAUCUCGUCACAGCAUCAUUUUCAUCUUAUACCGCUUGCAUGGUUGCAUCAGAAUGAUCUACUCUUUUCUUAUCUAUCUCAUGGCAUUUAGCGAAUUGUUUUUUGUUUGAUCACUCGGUUUCUCACAACAUCUUUUAUUUCCGUCAUCCUGUUUCAAUUACAGGUCGAAAAGCAACAGCAAGUCUUUUUGUUUUCGGCAACAAAAAAAUUGAGGACAAAAGUCCUUUGCAAGUUUUUACCGCGUUUGCCAUUUUCGGGCAUAUUUUGUGUGGUUCGCAGCAAGCACAGAGCAUCGUGGCUCUAAUACUGCUGGACCAGUGGAUGGAGGAAUAUCUAGGCCAGCCCUCCUUGGCUUGGGACAAGUCAAGGAAGGGAACACAAAGAAUGGAAAGUGGCCGUUGGAAGGAAAUAUCACGGAUACCCCAGGAAGCGCCUCGGGAGGAAUAACAGGCAUCUCCAGCGCACAAAGUCGCAGAGAGAUUUGGGAAUAGGAGGAAUAGGAAUCGUGUGGGUCUGGAUCCCUGCCUGGCAUGAGAGAGGACGGACAGUAUCCUCUGACCGGCACCACAAAGGAGAUCAUUGUAUAACUUUUUGAGAGCCGCAGGGGAGACGGGCUUGCUAGGUGAGGCGAAAACCUCGUCUUAGCAGCCGAGUUAUCCCGAGCCCCUCGGCCUGUGUAUGGGCAUUUGUAUAACAGACACACACUAUAAUUGAAAUAAGAUUCAAACCUAACAU